AUGGCUGUUAGCCGACUUUCAAUCAUCAAAUUUGUGGAACUUGCCCUAACUUGUUCGUGUGUGGCGCUCCACUAUCACAGCUAUAAUGGGGACGCUGACAUCGGCAUGCUAGUCACGGGCACCUUUAUUGGAUACCUCAUUAUAUUUGCGGGAGCCGCUGCAGGCUACGUGAUGCAAACACCCUCACACAAGCGCAUCGAUAUAUUCUACUCCCUUGUAGGUGUCGCUCUCUUCGUUGCAAGUGGCGCCCUCUUGAUCGACAGAUUCCAGCACUAUGGAAAAAGUGAAUUGAAAGACAAGAAUCUGGCGAAAGCUUCGCUGGCGAUCAUCAACGGAGGGGUAUUGUUGGUUGACGCGGUGUUAACCCAACGCGGCGGA